AUGUUGGUUGAGUUAGCACAAACUUUUAUUAUUAAUAUCUUGAAGGCGGGCCCUAUCCCUAAGCAUAUUGCUUUUAUAAUGGAUGGCAAUAGGAGGUUUGGCAGGUGUCGGUAUCUUAAACCUGGUCAGGCACACUCUUUAGGUUUUGAAACCCUUCUAAAGACUCUUAGAUUGUGUUUAGUUCUUGGAAUAGAGACGGUUACUGUUUAUGCUUUUAGCAUAGAAAAUUUUAAAAGAACAAAUAUAGAAGUGAUUAAUCUCAUGAAGUUGGCUAAAGAAAAGCUUAAGGAGCUUUCUUCAAACAAGAAUUUAAUUGAAAAACAUCAGAUUCGAGUUCGAGUCUUGGGAGAGCUCAAUCUCUUACCUGAAGACGUAAAAGAAGAAAUAAAUAAUUUAAUGGAGUUUUCUAAGAAUCAUACUAAAUAUAUAUUGAAUAUCUGCUUUGCGUAUACCGGGCAGGCAGAAAUAGCUGAAGCUACCAAAAGCAUCCUUCAAGACUAUAAAACUAACAAAAUCGCGCUUAUGGAUAUCAACGAGUCUUUAAUAGAAAAACACUUGAUGACGUUUACCUCGAAGGACUCGGCAUCGAGGCCUGAACUAUUAAUUCGAACCUCUGGAGAGAGAAGGCUGAGUGAUUUUCUGUUAUGGCAAGUUGCCGACUCUCUUUUACUGUUUCUCAAAGUUCUUUGGCCGGACUUUUCUUUUUUUCACUUGGCGUUCGCACUUUUCUACUACCAACAUUACACUAAAAUAUAG